CUCUGUCUCCCGCCGCCUCUCAUUUCCCGCUGCGGUAACGGCACCCGGGGGUGGGGGUGGUCGCGCUGCAGCUGCUUCCGGCGCUGCUGUCGGAAGGGGCGGGCGAGGGAAGCGGUUCCGGGGCGCUGCGGCACCGGCGGCGGAGCACGCACCGGCUGCAGGGAUCGGCCGGGCCGCGGCCGGUGAGUGGGGCGGAGGGCGGGCGGGCGCGGCCGUUGGUAGCGGCGGGCGGCUCCGCGGGGCCCGUCAGCCGCCGCGAGGGGAGCGAGGCCGCGGCUGGGCCCUACCGGCGGGGGUGGCCUGAGCUCGGCGUGACACUCUCCGGCGGUGCCGGUGCCUCCCCCGCCAUGGCUGCGGAUUCGGAGGUGCUGCACUUCCAGUUCGAGCAGCAGGGGGAUGCCGUGCUGCAGAAGAUGAACCUCCUGCGGCAGCAGAACCUCUUCUGCGACGUCUCCAUUUACAUCAACGACACCGAGUUCCAGGGGCACAAGGUGAUCUUCGCCGCCUGCUCCACCUUCAUGAGGGAUCAGUUUCUGCUCAAUCAGUCGAAACAGGUGCGGAUCACCAUCCUGCAGAGCGCCGAGGUGGGCAGAAAGCUGCUGCUGUCGUGUUACACGGGGGCUCUGGAAGUCAAAAAGAAGGAGCUGCUGAAAUACCUCACUGCCGCAAGUUAUCUCCAGAUGGUUCACAUUGUGGAGAAGUGUACCGAAGCUUUGUCGAAAUACUUGGAAAUCGACGCUUCCAUGGAGAACGGUGAUCAGGCUGCAGAGAGGUGUCACUCCUCUGACGCUGAACUGAGGAAUGGGGAUGAUGUUUUAGAUAAAGAUUGUGAAAUAAUUGAGAUCUCUGAAGACAGCCCAGUGAAUACAGAAUACCCUGUGAAACAGGAGAAGGGGGACAUCUCGCGGCCUGCGGUGCAGAGUUUGAUCUCAGAAAGAAAGGACACAAAAACCCCAGAAAUAUCAGCAGUUGAAAUCGGAUAUAAGGAUGAUGAAAUCUGUAUCUUCAGAAUGGAUUCUAUGAGCGUAGCGAAUGUAGAAAAUGAUCAUUUUCCUCAGCCUUGCACUUCCUCUAAAACAAACUUGUAUUUUCCAGAAACCCAGCACUCCUUGAUAAAUUCUACAGUUGAAAGUAGAAAUACAGAAAUGUCGGGAAAUCACUUUCAGGCUUUUGUCAGUGACAAUCCAGAAGGAACUUCUAGUCUGAUGAACGGGUUCCAGAGCCUGGACGACUCUGGCAAUUCAUGGCGGCACCAGUGUCCAAAGUGUCCGAGGGGAUUUCUGCAUCUUGAGAACUAUCUCAGACAUCUAAAAAUGCACAAACUCUUCUUGUGUUUGCAGUGCGGCAAAACGUUUACGCAAAAAAAGAACCUCAACAGACACAUCCGGGGGCACAUGGGCAUCCGCCCCUUCCAGUGCAUGGUGUGCUUGAAGACCUUCACUGCCAAAAGUACGCUUCAGGAUCACCUGAAUAUACACAGCGGUGACAGACCCUACAAGUGUCAUUGUUGUGACAUGGACUUUAAACACAAGUCUGCUCUUAAAAAGCAUUUAACUUCUGUUCAUGGAAGGAGUAGCGGUGAAAAGCCAAACCUGAAUGCUAUUACAAAAGUUAAAAUAGACUAUGAUUAAUGGAGGGGUGGUUGUGGAGCAAGGCUCCACGAAAAGCUCCUGCCUAGUCAAAUUCUAGAUGAAAUUCUAGAUGCAGAUCCCCAUGUAAUGGAGAGAAGCACAAAUAUGUGACUGGUGAGCAAAGACAGGCCUUGCAAGCAGCAAACUUGCCUGCUGCGUUAAGGUUGCUAUCGCUGUAAGUGCAAAAAAGGUGUUUACUAGUUGAAAGUAAACUGCAAAAUAUGGGAAACGAUUUCAUGCUUCUCUUCUGUUAUCCUGGACGCAUGCUGAUUUUCCCUCCCCCAAAUUAUGUUUUGCACUCCCCUGUUUCAAGGGCAGGCACUGCUGAUUUUCAAACUAUUAUUGAUAUUGCAAUAAGCUGAAGCCCGGGUCGUGAUGUUCCUUAUCUAUAAUGGCUAAGAAAAGGAGAUGUUUGUAUUUAUUUAGCAAAUCAGUCAUUCCCAGCCAGUUCAUGUAUCAUUUAUGGUGAAAUCAUCUCUUUACUUGCCCAAAUUUUGCUAGAUCUUUCAACAGAAAGAAGGCAUGUUUUCAUACUUGAGCCUGUGAUAUUUAAGAAAGAACACACAACAAAAAAAUAAUCAAGGAAGCUUUCAAAUUGUCUGUUGCAAGCAGAGAAUUGGUAAAAGAGGAAGAAACAAACAGUAUUGCCUUGCAGUUCAUUUUUAACUGGAUAGUCUCAUUAGAAGUACUUGUUUUCAGUUUUAUGAAUGAGUUUGAAUUUUUCUAAACUUCUUUCUUCUGAUCGUUUUUUUUUUCCCUGUCAUACCAGUGUUUUGCACCUGUAUUUGACUAACUCUGAUUAAGUUAGUCCUGUUGGUUGAGUUAUAACAUUUGCCUUCAUUUUUUACAAAUCUUAGAUACAUACACUAAUGUGAAAAAUUAAGCUGUGUGCUGUUAUGUAAUAGCAGUUUAUAGCUAUGUUAAUUUUGAAAAACAAUCCUUUAUAUCUUAUUAGGAACAGCUUAGACAUAGAGGUCUUCUUAUACUCUAAUUCUGUGAUACAGUAAAACAGUAACUAUCUGUGUUUGGAUAGGUGUGUUUGUACUUUGUCAAAGGUCAUUUCAGUUUCAUCACAAGCAUCGAAAGCCCUGUAACACAGAAUCUUUAUCCUGUAUCUUGUCUUUGACUGUGUUUCUUCCACUUAAUGUGAUAUGAAUAAAGAGCCUAUUCAGUUGUUAUUAUGAGGUAAUGGUACUUACAUUAGAUUCUUUCCAAUUAGCAAAAAGCAGUAGUUUUUAAUCUUGUCUAUAUCACGAGGGUACGCUUUCCUUCAAGUUUCAGAAGUCCUGUUAGAAGUUCUUGCUCUGAGUCCAGAAGUCUGGCCUGUGUGCUCCAUAACCUGGCUGGUUUUAAAAUACAAUAGUUUUUAAUGUCAGUUAACAAGUUUCACUUCCUUUCCCUGUGUCUGUGAGUGCACCAGCCAUUGCUUGGGGUUUUAUUUACCAGCUACGCGAGACAUUAGGUCUGUACAAUAUCUAUGAUGCAGUUUCCUGUUGUUAUCUGUGACAGGCAUAGUCAAUUCUGCCAGUGUUUAUUGUCUUAAUCUCUCAGAAAUUUCAGUUGAAGAGUUUUUAAAAACUUGUUUCAUGAGGGGUUUUUUAAGCUCUUCAUCUGAUAUCAUUAAAAGUUAAAGUACAUAUUAAUUGGAUUGCAGCAAUAUUUGCAGGUCCCAGUUCAUACUAGGCCUUACUGCAGUGGCAGCAUGCGUCUUCCUUAAAAACACAUAGUGUAAAUAGGCGAACAGCGUGUUCUGAAGCUGAGCGCGCCACUAGUGCUGUAGUCCUCCAAAAAUUCACAAAAAUGUCUGACUUUACAUAGACAGUUGACUUGUGAAGGACUCCAUUGUAUUGGAUCACUGGAAAGGCAUGCAUGUCAAGCCUGCACCCCAGGGAGUCCCUGUGAAUGAUGACAGAAAUGACACCCCCUGAGUAAGUAGCUAGUGUAACUGAAUUAAAAUCACCCGGUUUAUCCAGUACUUUAAGGAUAAGGUCCAACCUUUCACAAUCUCUGCUAUUAUGUCAUAUUAAAAGUUGAUCAUUUGCUUUAUUUUGGUGAUUUUUAACUAUAGUAAAAUUGUCAUGACAAUUACUAUAGUUAAAAGGUUUGGGAGUCAUUUAUGGUGCGACUUUCUGACAUUCUAAAAAAAAUGCAUUUUAUAUAGCAUUGUCUUCUGUUUGCAUUCAUUAGUCUGUCACUGUUUACAGCCUUUUUGACCUUGUGAUAAGUAUUGUUUGCUUGUUUUUCACAGAAUACCAUUCAUUUUGGAUUCUUAUUUGCAUAAAAAUGAAGUCUGAUUUUCAAAAGCAUGCUAAUACCUGCACUUGCCCUUACUGUAUUUACAGAUGUUAACUUGGGUAUAUGUACAGGUUUAUAUGUAGCUUUUUAUUUGUGACUACAGACUGACUUAGUUACUUAAAAUAAACUCCUUAAUCCUUGGAACAGGUCAUAAAACAAGAAAAAGCUUACUUUCUUCCCCCUGUCCUUUUUACAUUGGGCUGCUAUUACUGUAGUUCAGUAAAUAAAUGUAUUGUGCAUUUAUGGGACAGAUUUGGUUCAACUGUACUUAAAUUUGUUCCGUUAAUACACACUUUUGGCAGGUAUAUGAUUAUCAUUGGUAGCACUUCAAAAGAUCAUUCCUUGGGUUUUGUUCAGCUGGGGUUUAUAUGUGUAUGCAUGGGUAUGUCCCUGUGUGUCAAAGGGGAAACUGAGGCUGAUCUUUUGAAGUGCAUUUUCUGUCGGAGCAGGAUUGCGAGUGAUUUUGUUUUGCUGUUGUACUGCAUGUAAACAUGAGAGGGAGUUGUGUUGUAUGGUGGGCCGACAGCAUGUUCUGUUCAGUGGCUAGUGUGUCUUGGUAAGCUUUGUGAACAAAACCUGAUUUUGUGCACAUAUUCACAUUAAAGAUGUUUCCUCUCUCCUGUCCGUACAUGUAGCCACUUGUCCUGUCAUAACACAAUAAACAAAAUGCAAACAAG